AUGGCUGCAGCUGAAGACGGAAGCGCCCAGGCGCUCGACACUUCCAUACCUACCCAGAGGCUUUCAUGUGAACAAUGCCGGGCGCGAAAGGUCAAGUGUGACCGCAUUCACCCGUGCACACCAUGCACGGGCAAGCAGGUCAAAUGCACAUUUCCCGGCGGCUUCAAGCCCAGGCAAAAAAGGCAACGCCCUGCUGUGUCCAGCUCUUAUGAAGACAAGAUCGAUGAGAUAUCCAGCAAGCUCGACCAAAUCAGGACAGCGAUUGACACGAUUGGGCUGUCUUCUCAUCCAAUCGCCAAUGCACCAGGCACCUCGCACUCCAACGCCUUCCCGCGCGGGACCUUGACUCCGGUCACUUCGUCUUCUUACCGUGGCCAGUCUCCUCUCGCGGCUAGCAAUCGAGAUGAUCUGUCCGAGGUCGAGUCUGAAGAUGACACUCCACUCCGAACACACGCCGCACACGCGGCGGAUUUGGUACAGCAGAUGGUGGACAGCACAUGCUCGGGGUUGACCCCCGAUGUAACCUCCAGCCUCGACGCGCUGCAAAGGAUUGUCCAAACAAAGGCCAAGCGCAAAUUGCAAACCGCGACUACUUCUCCCGCCAAGGGCGCAGAGACCCCAGCGAUCGAAGGGCUGAAACUAUCGCCGCUCGAGACCGCCAUGAUGUGCCUCGGCAUGGUCAGAGAGAACGAAACGAUCAAAUAUUUGUGCUUUUUUGAGCUUGAGUCAGUCGGCGACUUCGUCGAAUAUUUGCCUUCUUGCUAUUCACAAAAACCGUCAAUCACAGACCUGAUAAUCGUCAACGUCGGUUUGGCUCGGAUCUUCUACUGCUGCAGCUUUUACGAGCCCGACGCACACUUACGGGCGGAAUACGAAAGCCAGUCGACUGCUUGUUAUCGAAACAUCGACCUUGUGAUGCCUCAGCUUCCAUUUUCUGCCGCGCAUACGUUCGACCUGGCUCUGGCCCUAUGCAUGGCUUCGUCGCACUACAUGGAAAUUGCAAGACCACGCAUGGCCUGGAAGCUUGCCGUGCACUCGACGCACGUGUGCCAGUCACUGGGGUUCAACCGCGGAGACAUUGAAAACUCGUCAGCCGCCCGACGGCAGAAACGGCUAUUCAUAAUGUGUUGCGUCAUGGAGAAGACGCUGGCAUUCUGCCUUGGGAAGGCAUCCGUAAUCCGCAGUAGUGACAUGCCGACGGUAGACGUUGAGAUGACGGAUGGCUUCAGCACGUCUCUGGAUCCGUUGUGGCGCAAAUGGAUUGACAUUGCUCUUGUGCAGGACCAGGUGUAUGAUGACCUGUGCAGCCCCAGAGCUCUAAUGCAACCGGGCGGCGUGAGAGAUGCUAGAGCGCGGUAUCUGGCUGCUGAACUGGAGAAACUCUUCUUCACGCAGGACAGCGCCGAGACACGAUGCUUGCAAGCAAUCAGAGACAGCGUGGGAGAUACAAUUGCAGACAUCUUUUGGAGGUCCAUGAGGAUAUCAGGACUGGCGAUGCUGACGCUCAUCUACCGGACAGCCCCUCCGGGCACAGAUGCGGGAUCUGCAUUCUCGGCCUCUUGCAUUUCGGCAGCCGUACAAGCCUUGGAAGAGCAUCAACAGUGCAUGCGCCUCCUGGAGAACGUCUCCCACAGCAUGUUGGACUUUUACGUUCAAUGGGCUUUGCUUUCAGCACCGUUUGUGCCGUACAUUGUCGUGUUCUGCCUCACUGUCGAAACUUCCUCGGCUUAUUACCUGACGAAACUCGCGUCAGUUGUCGAAGCAACCGAGAAGGUGGCCAGCACGUAUCGCGAAGUCUACGAAAAACAACUCGCCAUCUUUCGGCUCAUGUACGACGUUGCGUGCAAAUGCGUCGAGGCGAGAAACUCGGGUUCCGAAGCAUCAAGACAACCCGAGAAGCUGGCUGCAGGGACGGUGAGCGUCCCUGCAGACCCGAACAUGACUGCCGCCAGCUCUUCGUUUCCAUUCGACCAGUCCUUCGGAUUCCAAAGCCUCGACCCGACUGUGGCAAGUAUGGGGGCUGACCAUUCUGCGGCCAUGCCCGGCGGCAACAUGGCCGGGCUCUCUCUUGGCGACUGGAUGGAUCAAAACUAUCAGAUAUUUCAGCUGCUAGAGGAGGAUGCAGUAAUGGACUGGGACACGCGAGGGGCUCCGGGCUCCAACACUACCGUCCUGUUCGACAAUUCUACAGCCUUGGACGCUGCAUUGAACGAUAAGACGCUUUUCGAGUACAAAAAUGCCAACGUGACUCACCGCCGAAGGGAUGGCACUGAAGUCUCCGCCGGCAUCCAGAUCCGGUGUGCCAAAUGUUACAUCAAAGGCCUCGCCAGAGCCAAGCUCACGAUUGACGGGUCAUUCAACGGAGGCGAGGUAAUGGACGACGUCAAGAACAGCACCAAGAACACUUUCAACAGCAUUACAGGCUACUGGAACAACGUCACGAACGUCGUCAAAGGAAACGUCAAGAACUUUACUCUUGAUGAGAUCACAACCGAGAUCGAGCAGCUGCCUCCGCCGCACAUCGACUUUAACGUGCACCUCGAAUUUCCAGACUACCAACUGCAAGUUGCCUUUGUCAACACCGAGCUCUACGUAGAGCUUAGCACAAUAUUGUCUUCCGGGCUGAGCUACAGCUUGACGCUUUACUCUUCAAAGAAUCUCGGUGUCGACUUGGGGAACGACUUGUUGCUCGGGGUCGUCUUUUCCAUCGAUCUCCUCCUCAGCGUGGAAAAUGAGAUUGAGAUUAGCAGUGGAUUCCACGUCAAGCUUGACGAUGAAGUUCUGAUGACGAUUGCGUUGUUUAGCAAACAGGCAUCUGGAUUGCAAUUCAAGGGAGGCAAGUUCAGGUUCUUGCCUGUUACUAUUCAGAGCGGGAACACUGUCCUGCGAGCCGUCCUUCGCCUGCAGCUACGCACCGGCUUCUCUAUAAAAGCCUUUGACUCUGGCAUCGACAUUAAGAUUGGCGACUUCUCGCCCAAUCAGCUCACUGCGUCCGCGGGAAUUGAAGCGCGCGUCUACGCAAACGUGGCCGAGUUCGUCACAAAUGUGACGACCCAGGCUCCCGAGGGCGAUGGCAAGCCGGCUUGCGCCCUGAGGGUCAUCCAAGACUACAAGCUGGCAAUCGGCGCCGCGGCUGGCGCAACGCUUGGGUUCCUGGGCACCACGUAUGGGCCCACGCCGGCCACGGAGAUUCCCAUCUUCUACACGACACUGGGAUCUGCAUGCUUGGUCAAGGGAUCUGUAGCCACAAGCAGCGCAUCACCUGUCACCUCCCGAGCCGUGCGUCGCGCCAAUGGAAAUCCCUCGACGUCGACAACCGUCACCGAAGUGACCUACACGGCAACGGCGUGCAUGUCUCUCGGCAUGAUCAACUGCCCAGCUUCGCUGCAGACGGUGUCCAAGAAUGUUGUCACCAAGACCUUAAGCGCGACCGUCGUCUCUGGGUCAUCUGUGGUGUGGUCAAAAGCAGCGGUCACGGCGUUCGCGACAGUGCCCUUCCCAAAGGAUGCCAUGUCGCUCACUGGAUCAUCCGGCACGCCCAAGUCGUACGUCCCUCCGCCGCCAACCACUACGUCGCGGACGCAGACCACGGGACCGUCUGCAUCUCCAACAGGGCUGGGUGCAGUGCUGAGCGGAGAGAGCGGAGGAGUCAGCAACAAGCUCAUCAUCGGACUGAGCGUAGGGCUUGGCCUGCCAGCCGUCGUUGCGGUCAUUGCCGGCGUAAUGUAA